UUUGCUUAAAAAAAAAAAUCUUUGAAAGUAAAACUAAUUUAAAAAUUUAAUAUGAAAGCAAUUUUGAAAAACGCAUUCUAUACGUGGAUUUAACUUUCGUUUUUCUUUUGUUUUUAAAGUCUAAGAGUAUAAUGCGUUAAAAAAUUCGUCAAAUCAAACAACAUUUCACAAAAGGCGGAGAGCAUUUUCAUCAUAAUGUGUGAAGCCAUUACAAAUGGUUGUGGGGGAAGGUUGGCCCUAGGUUCGGUGGUUUUAAUUCAUCUUAUUAUUUAUAAUGAAUCGCCUGGCCCUACAGUUGUUCUUGCAACAGCAUUUGCAUCAGUAUAUGGAUUUAUUUCAGCUUCUUGUAAAAAUAGUCUAAGACCACUUCAAAUGCCUUAUAUUAGAGCUAGCAAUAAGUUUGAUUUUACGUGCCUAUUUCUGGCUACAUGGAUGGAUAUCUUACCCAUUUUAGCUGCUUGCGGAGCCUUGGCUCGUACUCUAAGUGCUUGCUUGGAUGAAUUAAUGGGAGGCUUAGCCAGAAUAUUAAUUUUAGGAAGAAAUUCAUCAGAAAACGAACCAUGGCCAGAUGUAUUAGGUGUGGCAGUAGUAUUUUUGGUAACUGGAAUGUUUAUGCUUGGAUUAGAGAACACAAAAGCUUUUAGCUUUAUAAUGACACUUGGAAUGCUUGGUAUCAAUGGGAUUCUAAGUAUUGUUGGCUGGUACAGCGGUAACUCAAAAGAAUGGGAUCGUGAAGAACUUCUUCCAAAUGGGUCAAGUAAUUUCCUUACAGCGGCAGCAUUAAUAGCUUUUGCAUAUCCUGGCGAUUUCACAAGUAAAUCAAGAUAUCAAAGAUUUUCUGGCCUUUUCUUUGUUAUUUUUGUUUGUGGAUCAAUUCUCUUAUCAGCUGGUUGUUUGUCAACUAUUGUUCAUGCUAAGACAACCAACGAAUACAUUGCUGUGCCAUUAUUUAAAAUUUUAGAAGAAAAUGGUUUUCAAAAACUUAUCCAAGCCGCUGCGUGCCUUUUACUGCUAACGUGUUCUGGUUCUUUUUUGGAACUAUUUCCAGAAAUGUACAGUAUUAUUGUUCGAUUUGCCAAAUCGGAAUGGAAAAUUUUAUCUAGGCAAAUUAGUUAUGAAAGUUCAGAUAGUGGUAAUCCAGUAUUAGCUGUUUUUAUUGCAGGAAGCUUAUGUGCAAUGGUAGCGUUUGCUUGUCCUUUGCAAAAUCUAACAUAUAUUUUAGCUGCAGGACAUUUAUGUGCUGGACUCUUUCGUGCUUUUUAUUUAUUAUACUCACCUUAUCGGCCUAAAUAUGUUCAGCAAAGUAGUGAUUCUUCACUUUCGUAUAGUCGCUUGUCCACAGCUCCAAUAGUGAAAAGUAGCACAGCACGACGAAGAAGUUUAUGGAAUAUCAAUUUUCCAAUUCAAGGCAAUUUAAAAAAGGCCAAAACGAAAUCGAAUAAAAAUAAUAAACGUGAAGUUGAAAAAGAAUGGUUACUUUUGGGCGAACCAUCAUCACCAUGCCCGGUUCGUGAUAAUCCAGAUAUUGAAUCAACUAUUUUAUCUGAUGGUGAACCUCCGCCAUCAGAUUUUGAAUAUGCAGAAAAAUUUGAAUCUUCAGAAUCUGAUACUUCAACUGAUAUCGAUGCGAUUGUGGAUGAAUAUCGACAAAAAAUCAAAGUUACUACUGCCGGACCAAUGGAACGAAGUAUUCGGGUGCCUUCACUUGCCUCUUGGCGGGUUACCAUAUUCGCUAUUAUAGUUAUAAUUUUUGGAAUAUCGCUUACCAUUGUUGGAGUAUUUACGCACCUUUUUCCAAUGUUUGUUACUGGUAUUAUUGGAAUUUCGAUAGUUAGUAUUAUGAUGUCAUUCAUUCCAAAAUACACAGCAAGUGUCAUCAAUGUUUCGCCAGUAAUGUGUACCACAUCUUUUGCCAUUGGAUCUUUGUUACUCUCGUCAUGCCUUGAGUAUUCAUGGCCAGCAAUUGUAUUCUGGGCUCUAGGUGGCUUGGUUCUUUUAUUUCGAUGUGAUAAUUGGUGUUGUUACUGUUUCGAUGGAGAAUCCAUGAAUGAAGAACUGAUACCGAGUGUUUCGGGUAAAACAACUAUUCGAAUGCCACGAGGACAAGUUAUUUCGGGAAACAGAUGACAUUCGGAUACGUCAGAAGAUGAGUAUUCAAAUGAUAGAGGCAGUGGUGACGAAUGGACUGACCAGUUAAGAGAAUUAAUAUAAUUUUACUAAUAAUAAUUUCAUAAGAUGCAGUGAGAUUUGUGAUUCAAA